CAUAAAACACUGUAGUCAGUAUUGAGAAGAGAGGAAAGAGCAAAGAAGAGAGAGGGUUGCGCAUUAGUAAGUAGUGGUGAAUAGCUAUGGCGUCGUCUUCAUCGAGUAGCGGAUACGAGGUACCAUGGGUGGAGAAGUACAGACCCAACAAGGUUGCUGACAUCGUCGGCAACGAAGAUGCUGUCUCUCGCCUCCAAGUCAUCGCUCGCGACGGCAACAUGCCCAAUCUCAUCUUGGCCGGUCCCCCGGGUACAGGAAAGACAACAAGCAUACUAGCUCUUGCACACGAGCUUUUAGGACCAAACUGCAAGGAGGGAGUUCUGGAGUUGAAUGCUUCAGAUGAUAGGGGAAUUGAUGUUGUGAGGAACAAAAUUAAGAUGUUUGCGCAGAAGAAAGUAACUCUGCCUCCUGGGCGACACAAGAUAGUUAUAUUGGACGAAGCUGACAGCAUGACAUCUGGAGCUCAACAGGCUUUGAGAAGGACAAUGGAAAUUUACUCAAACACCACUCGCUUUGGUCUUGCAUGUAAUACUUCUUCAAAAAUCAUUGAACCCAUCCAGAGUAGAUGUGCAUUGGUCCGCUUUUCAAGGUUAUCAGAUCAAGAAAUUCUUGGUCGCCUCAUGAUAGUCAUUGAAGCUGAGCAGGUUCCAUAUGUUCCAGAAGGUCUUGAAGCCAUAAUCUUCACUGCUGAUGGUGAUAUGCGGCAAGCUUUGAAUAACUUGCAGGCUACCUUCAGUGGAUUUCGAUUUGUCAACCAAGAAAACGUUUUCAAGGUUUGCGACCAGCCUCAUCCUUUGCAUGUCAAGAGCAUGAUUCGAAAUGUACUUGAAGGGAAGUUUGAUGAUGCUUGUUCUGGUAUGAAGAACCUCUAUGAUAUGGGUUACUCCCCUACUGACAUAAUUACAACCCUCUUCCGCGUUGUUAAAAACUAUGACAUGGCCGAGUAUUUGAAGUUGGAAUUUAUGAAGGAAACUGGGUUUACCCAUAUGAGAAUUUGUGAUGGAGUUGGUUCUUAUCUUCAGCUAUGCGGACUUCUGGCUAAGCUAUCACUUAUCAGGGAGACAGCUAAAGCAGCCUGAUAACUCAGUUAGAAGGUUAUAGAGCGGUUCUUUGAGACCUGUUUCCUUUUUUCCGGUAAUCUCAGAAAGUGCAGAAAGUUUCUCCUGCCGUUAUUUUGUUUCGGAGUUGAAAUGCUGUAAGAAAAUUGUGUUCCUUGUACGGAUUAUCUAGGCAGAGCCUCUGACUUGUAGGAAUACUUUCGAAGUUGAUUUAAAUCCAGGCAUGCAUUUGCUCAAAGAA